GACUCCCAACCUUGGGUGGCACGGGAUGUGGUGGCCCAGCUGCCUGCUCCGAUGGAGGCCUGCUUCCUGUGGUGGGUCUGGAGAGCUCUGUGCCAGAGUGCAUCCAAGCACACUGGACCGAUCCUGCGUUCCGCGACGAGGGCGCCGCGGCCCUUCCUCAUUGGCACUACAAUAACAUGGUCCAGUCAAAGCACCAGAACAACGUCUGCUUCUUUUCGCACUCGUGGGAUGCCCAGGAAGAGUGCUGGGACGCCUGUUUCCAGGGGCUCGCUGCUAUCGUGCGGGCGGGUGGGCUGGCGAAUUUCCAGAAGCUCAGCUACGAGCAAAAGCAAGCGUUGCUGCCAGAGGAUGCUACUUCGGUGCUCCAGUUCUCUGAGUAUGGUGACAUGGUCGCCUGGUACAGGCGUUGUGCCUGGCAGUUUGUCCAGGAUCUGGUGCGCCGCUGGCUCUCCUCGCGCGGGGACGAGCUUGUCUGGUCUGCUUUGCACAGAGGUUCGCAGCUGGCCAGGUUGUACACCGAGGUGACAACGCCCCAUCUGCAGAAUGUCCUUGGCUCGCUUUGGACGCCGGCGGAUAACUACUGCACACCGGCCGAGGCCAAGUUCCAGGUUAGCAGAGGACUCCUGGCUGCGCACCCGGCCUUUGACCAUCUCAGGCGCAUGAUGACAGAGGCCAGCAUGCUGGAGUUAGCCAUCGGCCAGCCACGUGCUGGGGCAGGUGGACGUUUACCUGGAGCGACAGAGUGCUUCGAAGCACUGCUUCUUCCUACUCUGUUCCGACAAGGCAUCAACCAUAUUCGCUUGCACGCAUGCAGCCUGCCCGUUUUUCUUUUAUGA